UCACACGGUCCUAGGAGGAGGACUCACAUGGUCCUAGGAGGAGGACUCACACGGUCCUAGGAGGAGGACUCACACGGUCCUAGGAGGAGGAAUCACACGGUCCUAGUCCGAGGAGGACUCACUUGGACAUCUUUCUAACUUCUUUCUUCUCCCGCGUGUUAGUCCACACCUCCUAGUCCAGAGGAGUCUUGUGUUAGUCCACACCUCCUAGUCCAGGGGAGUCUUGUGUUAGUCCACACCUCCUAGUCCAGUGGAGUCUUGUGUUAGUCCACACCUCCUAGUCCAGGGGAGUCUUGUGUUAGUCCACACCUCUUAGUCCAGAGGAGUCUUGUGUUAGUCCACACCUCCUAGUCCAGAGGAGUUGGGCUCCCGUCAUGGCGCGGGAGAACGUGGAGGGUGGGCGGGGCCAGACGUGGAAGAAGCAGGUGGACGACAUCAAGAAGGUCUUUCAUCUCAAGGAGGUGCUCGGCACGGGAGCUUUUUCUGAGGUGGUGCUGGCCCAGGAGAAGCUGACAGGGAAGAUGUUUGCGGUCAAGUGCAUACCCAAGAAGGCUCUGAAGGGGAAAGAGAGCAGCUUGGAGAACGAGAUCGCCGUGCUGAGGAAGAUCAAACAUGAGAACAUUGUGGCUCUGGAGGACAUCUACGAGAGUCCGGACCACCUCUAUCUCAUCAUGCAGCUGGUGUCAGGCGGCGAGCUUUUUGACCGAAUCGUUGAGAAAGGUUUCUACACGGAGAAAGACGCCAGCGCGCUCAUCCGACAAGUGCUGGAUGCUGUCAACUACCUGCACAACAUGGGCAUCGUCCACAGAGACCUGAAGCCAGAGAACCUUCUGUACUUCAACCCUCACCACCACUCCAAGAUCAUGAUCAGCGACUUUGGCCUUUCCAAGAUGGAGGGAAGUGGUAACGUCAUGUCCACCGCAUGUGGCACACCAGGAUAUGUGGCACCAGAAGUUCUUGCCCAGAAGCCCUACAGCAAGGCAGUGGACUGCUGGUCCAUCGGAGUCAUCGCAUAUAUCCUGCUGUGUGGAUACCCUCCUUUUUACCACGACAACGACUCCAAGCUCUUCGAACAGAUCCUCAAAGCCGACUACGAGUUUGACGCUCCGUACUGGGACGACAUCUCCCACUCAGCUAAGGAUUUUAUCAGCAACCUCAUGGAGAAAGACCCCAGCAAGCGUUUCACCUGCCAGCAGGCACUCACACAUCCCUGGAUCUCGGGGGACACGGCCCUGUGCAAGAACAUCCAUGAGUCAGUUAGCCGGCAGAUGAAGAAGAACUUUGCCAAGAGCAAAUGGAGGCAAGCGUUCAACGCCACAGCGGUGGUUCGCCACAUGAGGCGGCUGCAGCUGAGCAGCAGCAUGGCGAGCAGCGUGGACGCCUCCAACACACACAGGCUGAGCCAGAAGGUGGCCCAGGGUCCCAACCAGGUGGCCCAGGGUCCCAACCAGGUGGCCCAGGGUCCCAACCAGGUGGCCCAGGGUUCCAACCAGGUAGCCCAGGGUCCCAACCAGGUGGCCCAGGGUCCCAACCAGGUUUACCAGGGUCCCAACCAGGUGGCCCAGGGUUCCAACCAGGUGGCCCAGGGUUCCAACCAGGUGGCCCAGAGUCCCAACCACGUGGCCCAGAGUCCCAACCAGGUGGCCCAGAGUCCCAACCAGGUGGCCCAGAGUCCCAACCAGGUGGACCAGAGUCCCAACCAGGUGGCCCACGGUCCCAACCAGGUGGCCCAGAGUCCCAAACAGGUGGCCCAGGGUUCCAACCAUGUGGCCCAGAGUCCCAACCAGGUGGCCCAGAGUCCCAAACAGGUGGCCCAGAGUCUCAACCAGGUGGACCAGAGUCCCAACCAGGUGGCCCAGGGUCCCAACCAGGUGGCCCAGAGUCCCAAACAGGUGGCCCAGGGUCCCAAACAGGUGGCCCAGGGUCCCAACCAGGUGGCCCAGGGUCCCAACCAGGUGGCCCAGGGUCCCAACCAGGUGGCCCAGAGUCCCAACCAGGUGGCCCAGAGUCCCAACCAGGUGGCCCAGAGUCCCAACCAGGUGGCCCAGAGUCCCAAACAGGUGGCCCAGGGUCCCAACCAGGUGGCCCAGAGUCCCAAACAGGUGGCCCAGAGUCCCAACCAGGCCGCUCCACGCAAGGAAUGUGUGCCCGCCACGCCCUGCAGUCUGGCGUCUGCAGCCGGUGCUCCGGCAGCGGGGGGGGAGGAGCUAGCCGAGCGCGCCCCUCGCAGGUGACCACCAUGGUGCUGACGGAGACCAAGUGACCAAGCUGUGAGGCGUCUGGAGGAGAGGACGGCCAUCUUCUUCAUCUCCUCCCUUCCUCUUCCUCCUCCUGCUCCUGGGCUGGUUCCUCCUCCUGCUCCAAGGCCAGCAGGAGGACUAAGUGGCGCCAUGGGAGUGUCCACUUUCUCUUUCUUCUUUCUCCUACUGGAAUGUUCCAUCUUGCUACAAGCGCCCUUCAUCCUCUUGAAAAAGUCAUCAGGAUGACCAAAUAAGGGCGUGCGUGAUCGCCACUACCUCAUGCAAAUGACCGGCUUUCCCAUAAUCCCUUGUGCUCGCCUAUUAUUGCUGAUGGAAACAACAACAUUCACCCUUUUUUUCUUCAGGCGCCUUCGUCUAUCUCAGGGGUCCCCAAACUUUAGGACCUGGGGGCCACAUUGGUUUGAAAGAAUUGGCCGGGGGCGGGGCUAUCUCUGUGUGUAAGUGUAUAUGUAUGUGUGUAUAUGUAUGUGUAAUUGUAUAUGUAUGUGUGUAUAUGUAUGUAGUGUGUGUAAGUGUAUAUGUAUGUGUGUAUAUGUACGUAUUAGGGUUGUACGGUACUAGUAUAGUAUUGCAGUACUAAUGAAUCAUAUUCGCUACUAUACUCUGUUUGAAAAGUACCGCUUCCCCUUUUUUGUACAGGCAUGACGACACGUGGUCACAUGGUGACAUUGCUGCUUUUACCUGCAGAGGAGCAUGUUGGGCAGCGCACACACACAGAGUACUUACAAGCAGACACAGUGUGUAGACAGAAAAGGGAGAAUGGACGCAUUUUGGUGUAAAAAGUCAAGAUAAAGGUGAAGUUAUAACACUGAAACACCCUCAGUGUUUUAGCUACUUCUAAAUCACUAAUCCUGGCCUCCGUGGUGACGAAUAAAAUACGUUUCUUACAAGUAUCAUUAUCACUGGAGGACGAAGAAUAGCUAAACAUGCUUCACUAGAAGGAUACAAUAGCUCACCACCGUCACAAUGUAAACAAAUGCCAUGGGUGGAUCUACACCUGACAUCCACUGUAAUGAUACCAAGUACAGGAGCGUAUCUAGUCGAUACUACUAUGAUUACAUUGAUAUUGUUUUAGCAUCACAAAAUCUUUUUUCCUUUUUAAACUUCAUAUGAUGUUUAUAAAGUCAGUAAAUACGUCCCUGGACACGUGAGAACUUUGAAUAUGACCAAUGUGUGAUCCUGUAACUACUUGGUAUCGACAUGAUCCAUACCUAAAAUGUGUGGUAUCAUCCAAAACUAGUGUCAAGUAUCAAAGAAGAGAAGAAUAAGUGAUUAUUACAUUUGAACAGAAGUGUAGAUAGAACAUAAGCAGAUAUUAACAGUAAAUGAACAAGUAGAUGAAUAAUCCAUUUUUACAGUUUGUCCCUCAUAAUGUGUAGAAAAUAAUAGGUGUAUAAAUGACACAAUAUGUUACUGCAUAAUUAGGAGUCUUUGUUUGUUUACUUACUACUAAAAGACAAGUUGUCUAUUUUAUUUAAGGACUAAAUGACAAUAAUAAACAUAUGUUUCAUGUACACUAACAUUUGUUGUUACAAUAAAGACAAUAAUGACAUUUUUUGAGCUCCUCUUUAUUUAGAAAAAUAUCAAAAUACAUUUUGGUACCGUCCAUCCAUCCAUCCAUUUUCUACCGCUUAUUCCCUUUGGGGUCGCGGGGGGGGGCGCUGGAGCCUAUCUCAGCUACAAUCGGGCGGAAGGCGGGGUACACCCUGGACAAGUCGCCACCUCAUCGCAGGGCCAUUUUGGUACCGGUACCAAAAUAUUGGUAUGGGGACAACCCUAGUAUGUGUGUAUAUGUAUGUGUAUGUAUGUAUUAAAUAUUUGUUUAUAUGUAUGUACAUAUGUGUAUACUGUAUAUACAGGAUGUGUAUAUACUGUAUAUGUAUGUACAAAAGCCAAAAGCAGUGAAGUUGUGUAAAUGGUAAAUAA